UCUGUCAUCGCUCCUUUCAUUUGGUAAAAUCAUGUCGAUUUUGGUCGCGUAAUUUGUGAAUUUAUUUGAAAAGGAUAGUUAAUCAACGCUUAUUUAUUUUAAAAACUUCGAAAACAAAAUGGCUGAACAGGACCAGCAAGCAGGUGACACGGGCCCACCAAAAGGCAUCCCCGCACUUAAAGCCCAUAUAAUCGCCAACAAAGUGGACGUAGCACUAUGGGGCAUCAGAAUAGCCACUGUACUCUGCACUAUUGGAUAUAUAAUGCCUAUUUUUAAUAACCCGGUGUCAGCGUUCUACAAGGCCCUCCUAGCGAACGCAGCGACAUCAGCUCUACGUCUUCACCAACGCAUCCCGCCCGCACAAAUAUCAUUCUCGCGAGAGUUUCUAGCACGGUUUUUCCUCGAGGACUCUGCGCACUACCUCUUCUACUCACUCAUCUUUAUGAAUGUAGCGCCUAAUUUCUUGAUAUUGACGCCAAUCUUCUUAUUCGCUCUACUCCACGCGGCGUCGUACUCUCUCACCAUUCUUGACACGCUGGGCCAGAACUCGAUGUGGGUGGCGCGGCUGCUCAUUUCGCUGGUGGAGUUCCAGUCGCGUAACAUUCUGCGCGCCGCCGCUCUCGCUGAAAUCAUCCUUUUCCCGCUCGUCUGCCUCUUGGCCCUCACCGGGUACUGCGGGCUGCUGACGCCGUUCGUGUACUACUACUUCGUGACGUGGCGCUACGCGUCGCGGCGCAACCCGUACACGCGCAACACGUUCCGCGAGCUGCGCGUGGCCAGCGAGGCGGCGGCCGCGCGGCCCGGCUUGCCGCAGCCGCUGCGCCAGGCCGUGCUGGGCGCCGUGCAGCUGGUCUGCCGCAUGGCGCCGCCCAUGGACACCGUGCACGAGUAACUGCUGUGAACGGACCUGGACACCUGCGAGCCUGGAGGCUCUACAUGUUCCACCUUUCGACUGACGCCGCGGCAGUCGUACUAUGUAACAAAACGUGUUGCUCUACCAUGUAUUUUAAAAAGGUUGUUUUGGUUUUUAGCGUAUUUUUUUUUAAGGGCUAAAUUACAAUUACAUUGCAAUUUGAAAACUG